ACCAAAUUAUUAUCCAAAACGGAUGUGGAUAAGAGAUUAAUGUUGAAACUUUCUAACAAAACUGAACCACAUUUAUCUCUUUUCUGAAGAUCCUAAAUCCAUAUCUUACAAAGGAGGAAAAGGGAAAAUAAGAAAUGAAGAUGCCUUGGAUUUUUAACUCACCCUCAGCUGAGGAUGAAUGUAGCUCUCCAACAUCUUCAACGACGUCGUGUUCGUCGAUAGGGAAGAACAGUGAUCUGUGGGAAGGUGAAUCAUCAUCAGACAGUGAGGACUGUAAGGAGGAAAGUGAAGUGCAAAGCGUUUAUAAAGGUAAAAUUGAUCUCCUAGAUGCUUUAGAGGAUGCCUUGCCUAUCAGGAGAGGCGUUUCAAAGUUUUACAGUGGCAGAUCAAAGUCAUUUGCAUGUGUAGCAGGUGCUUCCUCUUAUUCCUCCAUUAAAGAUAUUGCAAAGCCAGAUAAUGCAUACAUCAGGAUACGAAGAAGUAAUCUUGCCUUUAAGCUGAGACACCAGGGAGGAAUAUCAAAGAGACCAAUCGGUUCUAGCCCAAGUGCAUUGGCUCUAGGUGGUGUUGCACUCAGCAGGUCUGAGAGUAUUCAUAGUAGUACAGAUUCAGAUUCAAGCUCAAAUUUCACAUUUCUUCUUCAUCCAAAUUCACGGUCACAUCUUCCAUCUUUGCAAUCGCUUGUGCCUUCAAGAGCAUCUCAUAACAAUCUGUGUUCAUUGUCAUCUCCAUCUCGGGGUGUUACUUCAAGGAGAUCAGUCUCCUUGCCUGACUUUCAAAGAUAUGCUGCUACUGAAUCUACCAAAUGAACGUGUUGGUUUUAAAUGCAAAGUCGAUGGCUUCAGACCUGCUUUGUGAAUAGAUUCAUUUUUCUCCAUGAAUUCAACGGAACAUUUUUAGAUUCAGGCUGUCAAUUGAAGAAUUAUCUCCCCAAUACUAGCUAUAAGAAUCAAAUCCAAAAUGAUAA